CAUUGUUGUUUUUGUUUUCAAGUUAAAAAGUUGUGCGGGCGGAGAUAUUCUGUCGGAAAUUUUGUAAUUGUCUGUGCGUGUUUUAUUUUGUUGUCCUUUUGCAAUAAUUCAUUCGAUCAAAGUUAAUACUCUACGGUCAUAAAGUACGGAUUAUCAGCACCGACUUGAAAAAGAGAAGGAAAAAACAGCAAAAAGGCAUGAAGAAAAUGUACGCGUCGUCGGGCGCAAUAGAAAAAAAACCGGAACGCCAGCCCAUCGCAUAACAGUGCUACUUUUAACUCCUACCCACACUCGCGCGUCCACAUACACUCGUACACUCACUCACACACGUACACACUGCCAAUAAAAGAGUUGAAGAAUUUGAAAAUAUAUUCUAUCGUUAAAGUAACCAUUUAAGAAGUGACAUAAUGUUAAAGUUUAUACGUGGAAAAGGGCAACAGCCUUCAGCAGAAAGACAACGUUUGCAAAAGGAUCUCUUCGCCUAUCGCAAGACCGCUCAACAUGGUUUCCCACACAAACCUUCGGCCCUGGCCUAUGAUCCUAUCUCCAAACUGAUGGCAAUUGGCACCCAAACGGGGGCCAUUAAGGUAUUCGGUCAGCCGGGCGUCGAGUUGUAUGCCCAACAUACAUUGGUAAACAAUACCGCAGCGGAAUUGAAUGUCCAACUAUUGGAAUGGGUCUACGGCACUGGACGAAUACUCUCGUUGACGGCUGCCAAUCAGUUGAUCCUGUGGGAGCCAGUCGGCACCACUCUGGUGGCCAUCAAAACACUGCCCUUCGAUGGUAAACUGAAGAAGGUGUCGUCCUUGUGCUGUUCCCUUAACAAAGAUCUCCUUUGGAUUGGCACAGAGGGCGGCAACAUCUACCAGUUCGACUUGAAGUCGUUUACCAUACGCGAACCGGUGAUCUAUCACGAUGUGGUGCUGGAACAGGUCCCACCCACAUACAAACUGAAUCCUGGCGCCAUUGAGUCCAUACGCCAGCUGCCAAAUGCCUUGAACAAACUGCUCAUCGCCUACAAUCGAGGACUCUGUGUGCUGUGGGACCUGGACACAUCGUCUGUCGAACGAGCCUUCAUAGCGCCCGGACAUGGUCAAAGUGUUGGGCUUUAUGUGAAUUCAACAGGAACAGAAUUCAAUUGGUAUCAUGCGGAUGGCUCAUAUGCCACUUGGAAUAUAUCCAGUGGCGAGCCGCCACAGAAUGUAAACUAUGUUCCAUACGGUCCAGAUCCUUGCAAGAGCAUUAACCGCCUCUUCAAGGGCAAGCGGGGAGCCAACGAUGUCAUUGUCUUCUCUGGCGGCAUGCCACGAUCGGCAUACGGUGAUCACAAUUGCAUUUCCGUCCAUGCCACUGAUGGGGAAAAAGUCUGCUUGGAUUUCACUUCAAAGGUUAUUGACUUCUUUGUUACUUACAAGGAUGAGGAGGCGGAGAACUUGCAGGUUCUGAUUGUCCUGCUGGAGGAGGAGCUGUGCGCCUAUGAUCUAUCCGAUCCGAAAGUACCGUCCGUCAAAGCCCCGUAUUUGCAUUCGGUGCACGCUUCUGCCGUAACGUGCAAUUAUUUGGCAUCGCAAGUAACUCAGGAAGUUUAUGAGAAAAUUUUGUUAGUUGGAGAUCAACAGGAUGUGGAUUAUAGCAGCAUUGAUUGGCCCAUUACGGGCGGCACACUGCCCGAAGAUCCAUCAGAUGAGGAUGUCCCCACUGGCCAUGAGAUUCUCCUCACUGGCCACGAAGAUGGUUCGGUCAAGUUUUGGGAUUGCACUGGAGUGUUACUCAAGCCGAUAUACAAUUUCAAAACGGCUCCAAUUUUCGGUAAUGACCAGGAACACGAACACGAUCAGCACCAGGAUCCGCAGGAGGCGGAACCAAUUGAUGAAGAUGAGCCUCCCUUCCGUAAAGCUGGUCUAUUUGAUCCCUACUCCGAUGAUCCUCGUCUGGCCGUCAAGAAAAUAUCGCUGUGCCCGAAAACGGGUCAACUAAUUGUGGGUGGCACAGCCGGACAGAUCGUUAUAGCCGACUUUGACGGCGAGUCAGCCAAGACUCUGAAGUACAGUUCGAUGAAUUUGGUCAGCGAUCGCGAUGGUUUCGUUUGGAAGGGUCACGAUCAGCUAAAUGUGCGUCCCAACCUCUUGGAAGAGAAUGCCACUCCGGUCGGUGACAAUGGUGUGAAUAUUACGGGAGUUCUUCAAGUUCUACCACCGGCAAGCAUUACAUGCAUGGCCCUCGCUGCCGAUUGGGGUCUCGUUUCGGGUGGCACGGCCCACGGUUUGGUGUUGUUCGAUUUUAAGAACUUUGUCCCGGUUUUCCAUCGAUGCACAUUGAAUCCAAACGAUUUGACUGGUGCUGGUGAGCAGCUUUCGCGUCGCAAAUCGUUUAAGAAAUCCCUACGCGAAUCCUUCCGCAAGUUGCGCAAAGGACGCUCCACACGAACCAAUCCAAGCAAUCAGGUGCCAACCACGUUGGAAGCUAGACCUGUGGAACGUCAGAUUGAAGCACGUUCCACAAAUGAUGAUGGCCUGGGUUCCAUGGUGCGAUGUCUGCUCUUUGCCAAGACCUACAUAACGAACGUCAAUAUAACAUCGCCGACUCUGUGGUCAGCUACGAAUUCGAGCACUGUUUCGGUGUUCCUACUACAUCUGCCACCAGCACAGACAGCCGCCACGGCAGUUCCACCGGCAAGUGGCAAUGUCACGCCACAGGCACCUCGUCGCAUUUCCGCUCAGUUGGCCAAGGAGAUUCAACUGAAACAUCGGGCUCCUGUUGUGGGUAUUUCCAUAUUUGAUCAAACCGGUUGCCCCGUUGAACAGCUGAAUGCCGGCGAGAACGGUUCUCCGCCUCAUCGUGUGCUUAUCGCUUCCGAGGAGCAGUUCAAAGUGUUCUCAUUGCCCCAACUGAAGCCCAUUAACAAGUACAAGCUGACAGCCAACGAGGGCGCUCGCAUCCGGCGCAUUCAUUUCGGUUCAUUCAGCUGUCGUGUUUCGCAAGAGCUCCUGCAGAGUCUACAUGGCGGCGGCGGUGGCAGCCCCAACAAAUCCAUUACCCGUUCCCACGGCGAGGAAGCGAAUACGAGUUCGGCCUCUGGAGGAAAUGGUUCUGAGCUGUAUCAAGAGAUGGCCCUUAUUUGCCUCACCAAUAUGGGCGACAUUAUGGUGCUAUCGGUGCCAGAGCUGAAGCGUCAAUUGAAUGCUGCGGCAGUGCGACGUGAAGAUAUCAAUGGCAUCUCUUCGCUCUGCUUCACCAAUGGUGGCGAGGCCUUGUACAUGAUGUCGUCAUCGGAACUGCAACGAAUUGCUUUAGCCACAUCGAAGGUGGUGCAACCCACUGGCAUUGUGGAAGUCGAACCGCUAGAGACUAGCGACAACGAGUCCACUCUGCAGGCCAACGGUGAGGACGAAGACGAAACCGAUGACAAGGAAGAGGAUGAGGCACCAGCCGCCGCUGUGACCGGAACAGAACCACCGAUUGCCAAGCAACGCAUUGCCCAGACUGAUGAGCGAGUGCCUCCCACCGUGAAUGGCAUCAACAACAAUAAUAGCACCAACUCACCGAAUCGUGCCAACGAGACCAUCACCAGUUCAAUUGGUGACAUCACUGUGGAUUCGGUGCGCGAUCAUCUGAACACCACCACCACCACAUUGUGUUCCACAACAACAGAGGAAACUGUUGGUCGCCUAUCCGUACUUAGCACGCAGACAAAUCAAACGAUUACUAGUGUUAAUAUGAAGGACAUACCCGAUUUUAAUAUGCCCAAUCUAAUGGAUUUGGCGCCAAAAUGUAAUACUACGGAAACCAAUACCAGUUCUGUAGUCAUCAAAUCCAUUAUCACAAACAUAUCACACGAAAAGACAAAUGGAGAAAGCGAAUCCGUAACCACAAAGACGACAACACACGAAGAAAGUCAGUUUUAAGCAUCGAGAGAUCAUGUCGAUUUCCAUUAUUUCCAUGCGAGAAAUAGGAAAAGAUUUAUAUCAUAUUAAAUGAAAAAGGAAACAAAUAUGCAUGUUAUAUUUUUUUGUACUAAAUUGCAAUUCGAAAUAUGUUUAAGUUUAUGUUGUAGGAGCUAAGUGAAUGAUUCAAGUAUUUAGUGGAAUUUACACAAUUUUUCUAUGUUUUAUAUAUCUAUUUACCAACUAUAUACAUAUAACGUAUCCGACCGCAUUGACAAUUCAGGCUUUAAAGCUAUUGCAUUUCUAAUAUUCACCAUUAGCCGACAUUGACGUCAAAGUACAACAUGAUGAAACAAGAUUGCCUUAUAUAUAUAUAUAUGUAUACAAUAUAAAUUUUACAACGGAUUUUUAUACAAGUAUUAAACCAUCGAAAACAGAUUAUACACAAAGUUUCCCAUACAUAUAUUCAAUAACGAGAAAAUUUAAUUUUUAAAUUCAUAUAUGACCAAUUUACGUUUCAACUACUUAGUGUUAAAACACCGAUUGUUAUCCUUUUAAGUAACAAUUCCAUAAAUGACGAACCAUUAUUAAGUUAA